AUGCAUCUACAAGUUGUGAUCUUCGCCCUGUCAUUCUUGACAACUUCAGCAUACCGACUCCACCGUGAAACCAGGGAGGCAACCUGGACUGAUUUAAAGGCCAACCAGGCUCAUGACAAGACAGAACCCACAAAGGAUGUGAAUCAAAUCUACAAGACCAACAUUGACAGCAGUGACCUUUACAACCCAGAUGACCGCAGCAAAAGCCCUGUGGCAGAAGAGAUGCAACGCAAGCUCAACAUGGAGUCGGAGCGUCUGCGUAUCCGUCUGCGCCAAGAGCUGGCCGAGCUACAAGAGCGGUUGUCCUCAUCUCCGGCCCACCUCAGCUCCACUCUGGCCAGCAUGAGGGAGCGUUUGGCUCCCCUCACCCAGCAGCUCCAGAGCUCUCUCAGCAUCAGCACAAAAGAUUUGUGUAGCCAGCUGAGCCUCUAUCUGCAGGGCCUGGAGACAGCAGAGGUCCAGGCAGAGGCCAAUCCGGCUUUGAACCAGGGAGCCUUCUACUGGAUGAGCCAAACCCUGGAGCACAGCAGCGCCAAAGUGGCCGUCCUCAUUAGCGACUUCCAUACUAAAACCCUUGGGGAGAUCGAACAUCUGAAAGAGAUCAGUGCCAGUGGGCAAGAGGCAGCUCAGUCAGAGCACUGGCAGAAAAUAAUGUUCAGGUUGGGGCAAGAAGUGAGUACGCUGAGGAUGGAGGCACAGAAGAGGACAGGCUCUCUCCAAGCAGAGCUUGCUGCUCUGCUAGAAACUGCCUGGCCUGGUAAGGCUGUAGUCACAGCCAGUACGGAGCGGUUCUGCCAAAAUGCCGCCCUGCAGAGCCACGUUUUUCAGGGGCGAAUGGAAAGGCUGUUUCAGGGGCUUGAAGAGGAGCUGGAGGUCCAGGGAGCCUCCAGUCUGUCUCCUGUUUCUUCUUCCUCCUUGCAGGAGGAUUUCUCAGCAAAAUUAUCUGCUCUGAUCCAAGAUAUUAUGCACUCAGUGUAG